GAAGCGCUCGUUGGUGACGCGGGGCCCUCACGUGACCCGGAGCUGCAGAGCGACGCAGCCUUCGGUGCAGUCGUCACUCCUGUCUGGGUACCAGCUGCCCGCUGCCCUGCGCACGGCGGGCUGGCAUCGGGCCGGGGGAAAGCAGAGCAGACAGGCGAGUAUUGGGAUCUGUGUCCUCGGUGCUGGUCCAAGUAUUCAGUGCCUUUACUUUUGUUGUGGCACAGUUUGUGGCAAGGCGAGGGAAGAAGGAGAGGAGAAAACUGCACAGGAUCUGUGGAGAGGGCCUUUGUAGGGGAAGGAUAGUGAUUUUGCAGAAGCAAAAGCCUUCCCCCACACCUUGUCUCUUCUACUGCUGGAGACUCCUAGAGGUCUUCUCAUACACCUACAUAGGGCUCUUUACCACUGGAAACAAGGGAAAGGGGAAGAUUGGCCUGAAACCAUGGAGGUUGGUGUGAAGAUCUGCCUGUAGGUCUGCUUCAGGGCUUGAGAUAACUGGAAGCAAAGAAACAAAGAGGAAAUUGCCCCUGGUCCAUAGAUCUCAUGAGUUUAUAGGUCUAUUUUAAGGUGUAUCAGCAACCAAGAAAAAGAAAGAGGAGGGAACUGCCUUGGAAUACAGGUCUACCGCCAGUGGCAGCUGUAGUGGCCUUUGAGUGGCUGAAGACCAACACCCUCACAGGCUUACAUCCAGAUCUAACACCCUUUUCCCCUAGCCCAACUGAGCACCCCUGUACCUUGUUCGUGCCUUCAGCUGGGUGAUUACAUGGGUCGCGUUCAGGAAGUGGGCUGGGUGACUGCAGGACUGGUGAUCUGGGCUGGUACUUGCUACUACAUUUACAGAUUAACCAGGGGAAGAGCCCAGAGUGUGAGGAGAAUUGCCAGCAAUGGGUCUAGAGUCAAGAUGGAGACUGUGGCUGGGGUACAGAACCAGACCUUGGCCAUGAAUGAAGCCAUGACUGAGACAGAGAUUGAGAUUAGGCCCAAGGCCAAAACUGGAGCAGAAACUGAAAUGAGAGGUGGGACUGGGGCUGAAGUAGAGACUAAGGCCACUGCUAGAGCCAAACCCAAAACCAACUCUCAGUCUAAGGCAGUGGCUAGGGCAGAGGCAGAGGCCCAAUCUGAGGUCAAAACAGUGAUCGUGACAGAGACAGAGACUCUGGCUGAGGCCAAAGUCAAAGCCAAGGAAGUAGCCAUGAAAGAGGCAGUGACCCAAACUGACUCUGAGACUGGGGGAGUAGUCAAGAAAGAGGCAGUGACCCAGACCAAGGCUAAAGCUUGGGGACUGGUUGCCAGGACAGGGACCAAGAAAGAAGCAAUGACUCAGACAAAAGUGGAAGCUUGUAUAUUGGCUGAAAAAGAGAAGGAGAUGAACAGAGUACUGGUGACACAGAAUGAGGCCUUGGCAGUGACCAGGGAAGUGGCCAAGAUGAGUGCCAUAAACAAGACGGGAAUUAUGGCUGAGACCAAAGCAAGAGCCCUGGAAGAGACUGUGAGUGUGGCCAAGACUCAGUCUGAGGCUAGGUCUGGUACCACAGUUGAUGCUAAGGGAAAUCUUAAUACCAUGUCCAGGGCAGAAGCUGGAGUAAAUAUGAGGUCCUGUGUAUCAUCCCAGGCUGUGGCCAAGAUCCAGGUUAACGACAUGCCUCAUGCUGGGGUUGAAGCCAAGGGAAAUUGCAAAACUGUGUCUAGGGCAGGGUCUGGGGCAGACAAGAGGGCUUCUGCCCAGCCUCACAUUGUAACCAAGGCCCAAGCUGAGUUCAGGACUGGGGCAAGUGUUGAUGCUGGGGGUAAUACCAAUACCAUGUGUAAGGCAGGGGCAGAGGCAGAUAUGAGAGUUACACAACCUCAGACUGUGGCCAAGAAACAACCUGAGGCAAUAUCUGGUGCCAAGGUUGAUGACAGAGGAAACACCAAUGUCAUGACAUCUAGGUCAAUGACUGGAGCUGACAAGAAGUCUGUUGCUCAGCCUGAGACUAUGCCUGAUACCAGGGUUAAAGGUAGAGGUAAUUCCAAUGCUGUAUCUAAAACAGGGGACAAGGCAAACUUGAAGGUCAGUUCCCAGGUUGAGGCCUUGCCUGAUUCCAGGGUUAAGACCAGAGACAAUCCCAAUGCCAUGUCUAAGGUGGGAGCUGAGACAGACGUGUUAUCCCAUACACAGCCCCAGCCUAUGGCCAGUGUCCAAGUUGAUGCCUUCCCCGACGGCAGGAUUAAGGGUAAGGGCAAUGCCAACACCAUGGCUAAGGAAGGGGCUGGGACAGAUACAAAGGCACAGUCUCAGGCUUCUGCCAAGAGCCAGAUUGAGGCCUUAUCUAGUGCUAGAGGUAAGGCUAGAGGCAAAGCCAAAGGCAAAUGUAAGGCAGGGGUCGGGACAGACAUGAAAACCCGUGCACAGCCUCAGGCUGGGGCCAAGACACAAGCGGAUGUUUUGCUUGAUUCCAGGGUUGAUGCCAGUGAAGAUCCUCAUUACAUAUCUAGGGCAGGAGCUAAGGCAGAACUGAGGGCCUGUGGUCAGCCUCAGGCUAUGGCUAGCGCCCAGGAUGAAGCCUUAUCUGGUGCUCAGAAAAAAGUCCGAGGCAAUCCCAAUGCUGUGUCUAAGGCAAGGGCUGGGCCAGACGCAACAGGCUCUGCCCAGUCCCAGUCUGUGGCCAAUUCCCCAGGUGAAGCCUUGCCCGGUGCCAGGAAGAAAGUCAAGGGCAAUCCCAAUGUAUCUAAGGCAGGGACUGGGACAGAUGUAACAGGCUCUGCCCAGCCCCAGGCUGUGCCAAAUUCCCAAGGUGAUGCCUUGCCUGGAACCAGGAAUAAAGUCAGGGGCAAUCCCAAUACUAUGUGUAAGGCAGGGACUGGGCCAGAUGCAACAGGCUCUGCUCUACCCCAGGCUGUGGCCAAUUCCCAGGGUGAGGCCUUGCCUGGUGCCAAGAAUAAGGUCAAGGGCAAUCCCAGUGCUGUGUCUAAGGCAAGGGCUGGGCCAGAUGCAACAGGCUCUGCUCAGCUCCAGGCUGUCAUCAAUUCUCAGAGAGAGACCUUGUCUGGUACUAAGAAUAAGGCCAAGGGAGAUCCCAAUGCUGUGUCUAAGGUAGAGACUGUAGCAGAUACAAUGGGCUCUGCCCAGCCCCAGGCUGUGUCAAAUUCCCAAAGUGAUGCCUUGCCUGGCACCAGGAAUAAAGUCAGGGGCAAUCCCAAUGCUAUGUGUAAAGCAGGGACUGGGCCAGAUGCAACAGGCUCUGCCCAGCCCCAGGCUGUGGCCAAUUCCCCGGGUGAAGCCUUGCCUGGUGCCAGGAAGAAAGUCAAGGGCAAUCCCAAUGUGUCUAAGGCAGUGGCUGUGCCAGAUGCAACAGGCUCUGCCCAGCCCCAGGCUGUGGCCAAUUCUCAGAGUGAGGCCUUGUGUGGUGCCAAACAUAAGGUCAGGGACAAUCCUAAUGCUGUGUGUAAGGCAGAGGCCAGGGCAGAUGCAACAGACUUUGCUCAGCCCAAAGCUGUGGCCAAUUCUCAGGGUGAGCCCUUGCUUGUUGCCAGGUGUACGAUCAAGGAUAAUCCCAAUAUUGUGUCCAAGUCAGAGGCUGGAGCAGAUAAAACAAGCUCUGCUCAGCCCCAGGCCAUGGACAGUUCCCAGGGUGUGACCUUCCUUGGUGCCAGGAGUAAGAUCAGGGGCAAACCCAAUGCUGAGUCUAACAUAGAGGCCAGUGCAGAUACAAUGGACUACGGUGAGCAUCAGUCAAUGGCCCAUUCCCAGAGUAAGACCUUGCUUGGUGCAAAGGGCAAGGCUAUACCCAAGUCUGAGGCAGAAGCCACAGAGCAAGGUGCUGUCUAUGCAAAUCCCAAGGCUGAGGCCAUACCCACUCCUGAGAAUGAGGGUGGGACCGGCACUCAGGCCUACAGAAAGACUCAGCCUGAGGUCCAUGACUAUUACUGGAGUGCAAUUGGUAUUGAAGAUUGGAUUGCUUCUGAGCGAUGGAUCAAAUUUAGGUUUCAGGCUAGGGAUGGAUACUGGGAGAAUAGCAUGUCCUGGGCUGAUGAUGAGAUUGAAGCCAGUAUUGAGUCUUGGAGUGGGGCUAGUGAGAAGUCUGGUAUUAGGUCCUGGGCAGGGGCUUGUGAUGAGGCUGACAUUAAGUCCUGGCCUGGGGCUAUGGCUGAGAAUGAGGUUGGUAUUAGAUCCUGGGCUGGAGUUGGAGACCAGGCCAGCAAGGGGCUCUGGGAUGGGAGUCAUGCCAGUGAAGGGUCCUGGGCUGGGGAUAAGGCCAUUGGAGGGUCCUGGACUGGAGCUGAGAACCAGGUCAGUGGGGGGUCUUGGGCUGGCACUGGGAACCAGGCUAUAGGAGAACGUUGGACUGGAGGUCAGGCCAGUGAGGGUUCCUGGUCUGGGGGCCAGGUCAGUGGGGUGUCCUGGGCUGGGGAAGAGGCCUUUGGAGGGCCCUGGACUAUGGCUGAGAACGAGGCCAAUGGAGAGUCUUGGGCUGGGGCUCAAGAACAGGCCAAUGGGAGGUCCCAGGAUGGGGCUGGGAUUCAGGCUAACAGUGGGUCCUGUGCUGAGGCUAGGGCUGGGAAUGAGGCUAGUAUUGGGUACUGGGCUGGGGCUGUGGACCAGGCUAGUAGAGAGUCCUGGUUUGGGACUGGUGAUCCAGCUGGUGAUGGAUCCACGCCUAGAUUUGAUAAUCAGACCAGUGAAAAUGUAUCCUGGGCUGGUGCUGGUGGCCAGGGCAGUGGAGGGUCUAGGCUGGGGUCUGAGGACCAGUCCAAUGGAAGGUCCUGGGCUAGGGGUGGGAACCAGGCCAGUAGAGGAUUCUUGGUUGGGGUUGUAGACCAGGCUAAUGAGGGGUCCUGGGUUAGGAUUUGUGAUCAUUCUGGUGGUGGGUCCAAGCCUAGAUCUGAGGAUCAGGUCAGUGAAGAAGGGUCUUUGUCUGGGGCCGGUGUCCAGGCUGGUAGAGGGUCCAGGUUGGGGCCUGAGGACCAGUCUAGUGAACAAUCCUGGCCUGACUCUGGGGAUCAAGCCACUGAAGGGUUCUUUGUUGGGGUUAUGGCCCAGGCCAAAGGAAGGUCCUGGACCAGACCUGGGGAUGAGGCUGGUGGUGAAGCAAACACUAGAUUUGAGGAUCAGGCCAAUGGAAGAGGGUCCUGGCCUGACAAUGGAGGCCAGGCUGAUGGAGGUUCUAGGCUAGGGCCCAGGGACCAGUCCAUUAGAGAUUCCUGGGCUAGCACUGGGGACCAAGCCAGUGGAGGGUCCACACGGGGGCCUGAGGAUCAGUCCAGUGGAUGGUUCUGUGCUUGCAGUGGAAGUCAGGCCAAUGAAAGAGGGUUUUGGGUUGGAGCUGAUGGCCAGGCUGUUGGAGGGUCUAAACCAGGGUCCACAGACCAGUCCAGUGGUGGGUCCUGGGCUGGCACUGGGUGUCAGGCCAGUGGAAGGUCCUGGGUUGGGACUAGAGAUCAGGCAGGUAGCUAUUCCAAACCUAGAUUUAAGGAUCAGGCCACUGGAGGAAGCUCCCGGGCUGGCACUGGAGAUCAAGCUGGUGGCAAAUCCUGGACUGGGUCUAGGCUGGAGCCUGAGAACCAGGCAAGUGGAGGGUCUUGGCCUAUGGCAGGGGACCAGGCCAGUCGAAGGUUCAAGGUCAGUGCUGGGAUGGAGGCCAACAAGGAAUACUGGUUUAGGGCUGGGGGUCAUGCUAAUACAGGGUCCUUGUUCUGGAGAGGAGAAGAAGCUGGUAUUGUGACCAGGCCUGGAGGUGUAAAUGAACCCAGUAUAGAAUCCAGAUCAGGGGCUGAGGAAGAGGGCCUCAUUAGUUCCAGAUUUGGGACUGAGGACAAGGCCAGUAUUGGGUCCUGGAUGAGAUCUGAAGAGGAGGCCUUUAUGGAUUCCUGUGUGGGGGCUGAGGCUGGAGCUGAGGCCAGGAAGGAGUCUUGGCUUUGGGAUGGAGAUGCAACCACUACAGGGUCUAGGCUUGGGGCUGGGGAAGAGCCUGGCAUGGGGUCUUGGACUUUGGCUGAGGAUACAGAUGAGGAUGAGCUAAGUAGAGCAUCUAGCCCUGAUAUUGAGGAGAUCAGUUUAAGGUCUUUGUUUUGGGCUGAGAGUGAGAAUAGUAAUGAAUACAGAUCUAAGAGUGAGGAAAAUGUCAGUUUUGAGGGUGGUGUUGGAGCUAAGGCCAACACCAAGGAUAAGCUUGAGGCUGCUGGUGGAGUCAAUGUAAGGUCUUGUUUCGGGGAUGGUAAUGAAAACAGAAGUGAAGACAAAUCUGCACCUAAGACUAAAGCCAAAAAGUCAUCUGAGUCAAGGGGCACAUAUCCAUUCAUGGUUCCUGGGGCAGGAAUGGGGUCGUGGGCGGGAGCCAUGAUCUGGACAGAAAUGAAGUUUCCAUACCAAAAUGAGUUUUCCUUACCACCUGAAGAUGAGCUCAGAAAGCAGAUCAGGUCUGGGGAGAAAACUCAGCCCUGGGCUUGCCGCUGCAAACACAAAACUAAUAUGGAUCCACGAGAGCUUGAAAAACUCAUUUGCAUGAUUGAAAUGACUGAAGAUCCUUCUAUUCAUGAAAUAGCCAAUAAUGCUCUAUAUAACAGUCCUGAUUAUCCAUUUUCCCACGAAGUCAUUCGUAAUGCAGGUAGAAUCUCAAUUAUUGAAAGCUUGCUCAGUAAUCCCCAUCCCAGUGUUAGGCAGAAGGCUUUAAAUGCACUGAAUAACAUCUCGGUGGCUGCUGAAAAUCAUAGGAAGGUUAAAACAUACUUAAACCAAGUGUGUGAAGACACCGUCACCUACCCUUUGAAUUCAAAUGUGCAGCUGGCUGGACUAAGACUGAUAAAGCACCUGACUAUUAUUAGUGAAUAUCAGCAUAUGGUUACAAAUUACAUUUCAGAAUUUCUUCGUUUGUUAACUGUGGGAAGUGGAGAAACUAAAGACCAUAUUUUGGGAAUGCUUUUGAAUUUCUCUAAAAAUCCAUCUAUGACAAAAGACUUGCUCAUAGCCAAUGCACCAACAUCACUGAUUAAUAUCUUUAGCAAAAGAGAGACAAAAGAGAACAUUCUUAAUGCUCUUUCACUAUUUGAAAAUAUAAAUUACCAUUUUAAAAGAAGAGCAAGAGUAUUUACCCAGGACAAGUUCAGUAAAAAUUCCCUUUAUUUUGUAUUCCAACGACCUAAAGCAUGUGCCAAGAAACUUCGAGUCUUAGCAGCAGAAUACAAUGACCCUGAGGUGAAAGAAAAAGUUGCGCUAUUAUUAAGUAAACUCUGAUUAGUUGUAUGUUUCCAAACAAAUCUGAGUAAUAUUUUGGUUUUGCAGCCUGGGGGUAAUGCACUUUGUAAAUUGCAUUAUAACUUUGAGACUGUUGUUACUUAUGAUGGUCUAUAGCUGGACCGUUUUAGGAACACCAAAUGAAUUCAAACUUUUACUGAAAAUACAUGUGCUGAUUUUUACCUUGUCUGGAUUGAGAUAAUUUGCUUCAUGAUAGUAUGCUUCAUGAGCAGAAACUAAAUUGAUUCUUCAUAAGUAAGGUAAUCUUUGGUCCUUU